AUAUAUAUAUCUUUUUACCCGUUAACGGAAUAGAUAAUUAGGAUUUAUAGAUAAAAUAGAGGCUUCGUUCUAUUGGUUACAAAAUUUAUCAGUGACUAGUGUCUAUUAUCGCUAAGGAAUAUAUACAAGUUAAUUCUAAUCGUUGCCCUUGUUUUUUUUUUUCUUUUUUAGAAAAAUCUACAAAAUGGCAUUUAUCACACUGGUCUAAUUUAAUUCAAGCUGUUAAUAUUUUCGUAAAAAAUGAUAUGCCCCAGGUAACAUUAUUAAAUAAUUGAUCUUUCGAAAAUUCAUUCUGUUAAUUAACAAAUCGCCCUGUUCUUUGUACAAUAAUAAUUAUAUAUAUAUAUAAAACAUAAUUAUAUAUAUAACAUAUUCAUUUUCAUCAUUAAAUUAAUAAUACUUUUCAUUAAGAAAUAAAUAAAAAAACAGAUAUAUAUAUAUAUAUAUACAUAUAUGUUGUACGUAUUAUUAUUUAGAUGUAUUAGUUAUGUACAAGCUACAGAAUUGGAUUUAAAACGAUAUAAUAUACAAGGCAUUAUUCAUCGACUCGAUUGUAUAAAAUGUAAUCGAUUUGUAGCUAUAAAAGUGAAUGAUGAUAUUUUAAAUAUAGAUAAUAGUUUUAAUGAUAAAUAUGAAAACAAUUGGAGCGAGAUGAAAACCAAUCAAGAGAAAAUAAUUUAUUAUAUAUUGUCUCAAAUAAUUUAUGUUGAAUUUGAUACUCCAAAACCUGAAAAAUUGGAGACACCAUACGAUUAUGCUGAUAAAUUUGAUAUAGUUUUGAUUAGAUGGGAAAACGGAAAACCCAUUGGUUUUUAUACUGUUAAACCUAAAGGUACUGAAGUUUAUUCGACUAAAGAAAAAUAUACGAUGCCUGUAUUAGAUACGGCAUAUAUCCGAUCGGCAUAUAGAAAUAGAGGAUUUGGUUCAGAAAUUUUAUUGGAUAUAAUUAAACGUUUUCCAGACGAGGAUAUUGGAUUUUCUAAACCAAUUUCUAACACUAUGCUAAAAUUAUUAAAAAAUUUUCUAAGAAAUUACAAAGAAUAUAGAUUACGUUUUUGGGAAAUAGCCGAUUGGGACAUCUGUGGUUCACAGAAAUUAAUAUGGUUUAGUGUAAAAGAUAAAUUUCUUUAACGAAGAAUAUUUUGAUUUUAUUCAAAAUGCAAAGUUAUUUGAGUAUUAUAAUAAAAUAUUAAUAUAUUUUCUAAAGGAAAAUGUGUUCUUAUAUAUAUAUCUG